GGAUCUGCCUUAUCGCCCACCCCUCCUUCCAGGCCAGCGCUCAACCUUGUGGACGUGGCGAGGGGCUCCAGGGGCAACCUUGGCGCCCAUUGGCUCCGCCUCUGAGGGCCUCCUGCGCCGUCAUUGGUCGGAGGGCGGGGGCCUCUGGGCUGCCCGGGGCGGAGCUUGACUGGCGCCGCGCCAGGUUGGGCAUCUUUGCGCGAAAGCAGAGCUCAUCGUGGGGAGCGAACCCAAGCCUGGGACCAAUGAUGUGGCGACGGUCGCUUCUGUUGCUUCUCUUGCUGCUGAGGUGGUGGGCCCUGGGGAAACCAUCCCCUGACGCCGGACCUCAUGGCCAGGGUAGGGUGCAUCAGGGAGCCCCCCUGAGCGACGCCCCCCACGAUGACGCCCACGGAAAUUUCCAGUAUGACCACGAGGCGUUCCUGGGAAGAGAUGUAGCCAAGGAAUUCGACCAACUCAGCCCAGAGGAAAGCCAGGCCCGACUCGGUCGGAUCGUGGACCGCAUGGAUCUUGCUGGGGACAACGAUGGCUGGGUGUCCUUAGCCGAGCUCCGUUCGUGGAUUGCGCACACACAACAGCGGCACAUCCGCGACUCGGUGAGCGCAGCCUGGCACACCUACGACACGGACCGCGACGGGCGUGUGGGUUGGGAGGAGUUACGCAAUGCCACGUAUGGCCACUAUGAGCCCGGGGAGGAAUUCCAUGAUGUGGAGGAUGCUGAGACCUACAAGAAGAUGCUGGCUCGGGAUGAGCGGCGAUUCCGGGUGGCCGACCAGGAUGGGGACUCCAUGGCUACCCGGGAAGAGCUAACAGCCUUUCUGCACCCCGAGGAGUUCCCCCAUAUGCGGGACAUUGUGGUUGCAGAGACCCUAGAGGACCUUGACAGGAACAAAGAUGGCUACGUCCAGGUGGAGGAGUACAUCGCGGACCUGUACUCUGAGGUGCCUGGGGAGGAGGAACCUGCCUGGGUGCAGACAGAGAGGCAGCAGUUCCGGGACUUCCGGGAUCUGAACAAGGAUGGGAAGCUGGAUGGCAGUGAAGUUGGCUACUGGGUGCUGCCUCCAUCCCAGGACCAGCCCCUCGUGGAGGCCAACCACCUGCUGCACGAGAGCGACACAGACAAGGAUGGCCGUCUGAGCAAAGCUGAGAUCCUGAGCAACUGGAACAUGUUUGUGGGCAGCCAGGCCACCAACUACGGCGAGGACCUGACAAGACACCAUGAUGAACUGUGAUCCUAGGUCUGCUCGGCCCUGUGACCCCAGGACUCCACGGGAGCAAUUGAGGGGCCACUGCAGCCAACCUCCAGGACACAGACUCAGCUCUGGUGUCCCUAGUGGCUCUCAGGGACCCACUGAAUUACCUUCUCCCCUUGAGACCCUGGCCCCCCGCCCUAGAGCCCCCUGUCUGCCCAGGACACGCAGGCACUCGAGUGACAGCCACUGACACCAUCUCCCAGCUCAGGCCUGGCCCACCAUCUCCCAGCACAGGCCUGGCCCACCAUCUCCCAGCACAGGCCUGGCCCACCAUCUCCCAGCACAGGCCUGGCCCACCAUCUCCCAGCACAGGCCUGGCCCACACCCUGGCCCAACCCCAAUCUGAGCCCCAAUCACACGACUGACCUGUACCGCCCACUACCUGGGAGGAAUAAAAGCCUUUGCUGGGGUC